AUGAGUAGCAGAGCGCUCCGAAGGUUGGAAAGACAAAGAGAGUCGACUACCCCCGAAGUUCCUGAUGAGGAAGUCAAAAAUGAACCUCCAGCUAAACCAGCAGUCAAUCAAUUCGCUUUCUUGGGAGCUUUGAGUGACGAAGAGGUUGACUCCAAUGAUGAAAAGGAGGAAGUAGUUGCAGAGCAGCCAGAGAUCGGUAUAGCCCCUCCUGAAAGGCCAUCCACAUCAAGAAAGAAGAACAAGAAGAAAAAAAAGAAGCAACUGCAGAAAGAAAAGGUGGAGACCAACGACGAUGAUGAUGACCUAGAUACAUUCUUAGAGCAAGUCAGACAACGUGAUCAGGCCACGUCCAAGAACGCUUCGGUGAAAGUUGAUGAUGACGAAAGCGGUAAUGAAGAGGAUUUCGAAGCCAUUUAUGACGAGUCAGAGCCGCCUAUAGCCUACACUGGCUCCAAUUUUCUAUACUUCACUACCUCCAGGCUCAAGCAGUGCUUGCCGCUAUUAUCUAUAAGCACCCCAAAAAACCUUGAUCCAGAUAAUGAGCUCAAAAAUCUCUUUGGAAAAUUGAGUCUCGAGGCUAUUGAUGAUGCUAAUAGCACCACUUCGUUGUCAAUUUCUCCCGAGGUUCUCGCUCAGUUCAAAAAGCUAGCGAGACUUACAAGAGGGUGGGGUGGGAGAGACCGCAGAAGUGUUCCUGGCACCUCUAGAAAGCUUCUUCUAUCAACAAUCAAAGAUGACUACCUUCCCACGUCUCAGAAGCAGGUCAAUAUGGAGGAGCUCACUGCAGAAGAUAUUGUGGAGACAUGGAGAUAUAAGGAGGACACCGAGACUUAUGCGUUUCUUUCGCAGAAGGUCAAGGCAGAAGCAAAACUUGGUGUUCGUUACUUCAAGUUUCUGAAGGUGCCCUCAGUGCUGGACAGAGUUGCCAAUUCGAGAUUUUAUGCAUCCGUGGUGAUGACUCCCGAUCCAGACGCCUUAAUUCAGCUACUUCAGCAGAACCCUUAUCAUGUGGAGACACUUUUACAGGUGGCAAUGGUGUUUUUGAGACAAGGAAACAACAAAGCCACGAGUAUGGCGUUGGUAGAGAAGUGCCUUUUCGUUUUCGAUAGGUCUUUUAACAAAAAAUUCCACGAACUACUUCUGAAAGGAAAUUCCGAGCUCAUAAGGCUCCCUUACGAAUCGUAUAUGAACAGACAGUUCUACCUUUGCAUCUUCAGAAUAAUUACGGGCACCGCUGAGCGUUCUACAUUCUAUACUGCGCUCAACUAUUGCAGGUUCUUGUGGGGACUUUCUCCCGCAGAAGACCCACUCGGUGUACGUUAUUUCAUUGAUCAUUAUGCAAUUUUGAGUGAGGAGUUCCAAUGGCUCGUAAAUGUGGCUAACAGUCCAUUGAUUAGCACGUAUACACAGUGGUACACCCCAGGCAUUGCAUUCUCUGAAGUCUUGGCCUUACUUCAUUUAGGCAGGAAAGAAGAAGCUAGAAGCAGCUUAAAAAGAGCAUUUUCAGCGCAUGCGUACUGUGCCUAUCACCUCCUCGAGAGUGUGGGUCUAGCUUCUAAAAUUCCAGUUUCGUUAAGCGACACUUACCAGGAUGACUAUGUUAUCUUAGCCAGUGAAACGUACCUUGUGAGAGCACCUAUACUCUGGAAGGACCAAGUACACAAGCAGUUUCUUCAUGAUGAAUUGAUGCAACUAUUUGGCGAGUACAAGAAAGUGAAUACUGGAUCAUGGCUUGGAAAGUUUUUCGGAAAGAAACUGGAGCCUUCGGUGAUUCCAAUAAACCUCGUGAGGUUCGCUAUCUUAUCGGGAGAAAACAAGGUGCUUGCUAAGAUGCCAGAAAAAAUUUUCAGCAGAGACGAUGUAUUUGAGUAUGAUGUGAUCCCUCCGAAAGAUACAAGUGCCAGCUACGAUGUGUUUACUGGUGUGAGUAACGCAGGUGGUGCCACCGAUUCGCUAGCCAACUAUCUUGACCACAAUAUCAUCGCCGCAAUUGUGCAAAAUCGUACCGGAGCGGAGUUCGACGAGUUGCUAGACACACUUAAUUUGGAGGAAGCACAGGCAGCUGAAGAGGGUCAGCAACAAUAA